AUGGAUGACAUCAGGGCUUUACUGGAAGAUUCCGGUGAAUGUACUGAAGAACGGGCCAUUGCCAAAGCUAAAGGAAUAGUUGAUGGCUCAAAGAAAGUAGUGCUCAACAUCGCUGUGACAGGAGAGUCUGGCGCAGGAAAGUCAUCUUUGGUGAAUGCCAUUAGAGGACUUACAAGUAAGCCUGAGCGAAAAAAUGCAGAUGCUACUGCUGCUGCUACUGCUGCUGCUAAUCCUGAAUGGGCUGAGACUGGGUCAACAGAAACUACGAUGGAAGUCAAUAUGUACCCACACCCAACAAUGCCUAAUGUAAGGUUCUGGGACUUGCCAGGAAUAGGGAGCACACAAUUUCCAGAAAAAACCUAUUUGAAAAAUGUGAAAUUUGAAAGGUAUGACUUCUUUAUAUUAGUGAGCUGCAACAGAUUCACAGAAACUGACCUCAAAAUUGCAAACAAUAUAAAAAAACAGAAAAAAAACUUCUACUUUGUACGCUCCAAGGUCGACAAUGACGUGAGAAAUGAUAGUGAGAAUGAAGGGAGGAAGGAGGAAGAGGUACUCCACAAUAUACGAAAGAAAUGUGAGGGCAACCUUAGCAAGCUGGGAGGUCCUCCUGUCUUUCUCAUCACAUCCCGUGACCUGACGAAGUUUGACUUCCCAGCUCUGGUGGAGACUCUGAAGAGAGACCUUCCUAGUGAAAAGAGGAAUGCACUAGAGCAGAGUUUGCCUGUGUUCUCAAUGCAGUCCCUUGAUGACAAGUACAGUGCAUUCAAGGCAUUAGUCUGGGCAAUGUCAGGUGCGUCUGGGGUAAUAGGUGCAACCCCUUUGCCAGGCCUCUCAUUUGCAGUUGACACUGCCAUGGUGCUGUCCUUUCUCACCGGGGUCUACCACUCAUUCGGCCUAGAUGACAAAGCCCUGGAAAAGCUAUCAGAGAGAGUGGACAAGAAAAUACUUGAUGAGGUGAAAGAGUCUGAGCUGAUGCAGGGAAUAGCUAAGUCCAUGCUCACAUCCAGCAUGCUGACAAAACUAGGGGUUGCAUCUAGCGUUGAAGUUAUGUCCUGUGUCAUACCGGUUGUUGGAAACUUUGCAGCUGCUGGAGUGUCCUUUGUGACCACACGAGGUGUGAUGCAACAAGGGCUGGAUGAUCUCUAUCAGGUUGCCAAAAAGGUGCUCGAAAUGGCAAAUCUGCAGUAG